AUGAGCCAGUGUGGCCUAGGGGCCAUGCAAAAUGGAGCUGCUCAGAAUGCUGUGGACGGGGCCGAGCACAGAGGAGCUCCAUCUGUCAUUCAAGUGGAGGAUGCUGGUGACUUGGUUGAAGUGAAGGGGGGAGACAGAAUACCUGCUGAUCUGAGGAUUAUAUCUGCUCAUGGCUGUAAGGUUGAUAAUUCUUCACUUACUGGUGAAUCAGAGCCUCAAACCAGGACCCCUGACUUCUCAAAUGAAAACCCUCUUGAAACUAGGAAUAUUGCCUUCUUUUCCACAAACUGUGUGGAAGGUACAGCCCAUGGCAUUGUUAUCAGUACUGGUGAUCACACCGUUAUGGGCCGUAUCGCUACGCUGGCAUCUGGAUUAGAAGUUGGACAAACGCCCAUUUCUAGAGAGAUUGAACACUUCAUACAUAUUAUCACUGGAGUGGCAGUUUUCCUUGGAGUAUCAUUUUUCGUUCUUUCUUUGAUCCUUGGAUACACUUGGCUUGAAGCUAUCAUUUUCUUGAUUGGAAUUAUUGUUGCUAAUGUUCCAGAGGGUUUGCUGGCCACUGUAACGGUAUGUCUUACACUGACAGCCAAGCGUAUGGCACGUAAAAACUGCUUGGUAAAGAACCUGGAGGCAGUAGAAACAUUGGGCUCAACCUCUACUAUCUGUUCUGACAAAACUGGGACACUAACACAAAACCGAAUGACAGUUGCACACAUGUGGUUUGAUAAUCAGAUUCAUGAAGCAGAUACCACUGAGAAUCAGAGUGGUGCCAGUUUUGACAGAAGUUCCCCAACAUGGGCUGCCCUUGCUCGUGUUGCAGGCCUUUGCAAUCGUGCUGUCUUUCUGGCUGGACAAGAUAAUGUACCAAUUCUUAAAAGAGAAGUUGCUGGAGAUGCUUCUGAAUCUGCACUGCUUAAGUGUAUCGAACGAUCUUGUGGGUCUGUUAAAGUAAUGAGGGAAAAGAAUCAAAAAAUUGCUGAGAUUCCUUUCAAUUCCACCAACAAAUAUCAGCUAUCUAUACACCAAAAUGCAGACCCUAAUGAAUCUAGAUACCUUCUGGUAAUGAAGGGUGCUCCAGAAAGGAUUCUUGAUUGCUGCGCCACAAUCUUAAUGCAUGGUAAACAGCAACCCUUGGAUGAGGAGAUGAAAGAUGCAUUCCAGAAUGCCUACCUAGAGCUGGGUGGAUUAGGGGAGAGAGUCCUUGGUUUCUGUCAUUUGGCUCUUCCUGAUGACCAGUAUGAGGCUGGAUUUCAGUUUGACACUGAUGAUGUGAACUUUCCAACUGAAAAUCUCUGCUUUGUUGGUCUUAUGUCCAUGAUCGAUCCUCCUCGUGCUGCUGUUCCUGAUGCUGUUGGUAAAUGUAGAAGUGCUGGCAUUAAAGUUAUUAUGGUUACUGGUGACCAUCCAAUUACAGCCAAAGCCAUUGCCAAGGGUGUCGGGAUUAUCUCAGAAGGAAAUGAAACUGUAGAAGACAUUGCAGCUCGUCUAAACAUUCCCAUUAGAGAAGUCAAUCCCAGAGAUGCCAAAGCUUGUGUGAUUCAUGGUGGUGAUUUGAAGGAGCUAAGCUCUGAACAGCUGGAUGAUGUUUUAAAGCACCACACUGAGAUUGUGUUUGCACGAACCUCCCCUCAGCAAAAACUCAUUAUUGUUGAAGGCUGUCAGAGACAGGGUGCUAUUGUGGCUGUGACUGGUGAUGGUGUAAAUGAUUCACCGGCUUUGAAGAAAGCAGACAUUGGUGUUGCUAUGGGCAUUGCUGGUUCAGAUGUCUCAAAACAGGCUGCUGAUAUGAUCCUUCUUGAUGAUAACUUUGCCUCCAUAGUUACUGGGGUGGAAGAAGGUCGUCUUAUCUUUGAUAACUUGAAAAAGUCAAUUGCCUACACCUUAACUAGUAAUAUUCCUGAGAUCACACCCUUCCUGCUCUUCAUCAUUGCCAAUAUCCCACUUCCUCUGGGAACGGUCACGAUUCUCUGUAUUGAUUUGGGUACUGACAUGGUCCCAGCCAUUUCUCUUGCAUAUGAAGCUGCUGAGAGUGAUAUUAUGAAAAGACAACCAAGAAAUCCAAAAACUGAUAAAUUGGUAAAUGAAAGGCUGAUCAGUAUGGCCUAUGGGCAAAUUGGUAUGAUCCAGGCACUUGGAGGGUUCUUCACAUACUUUGUAAUUCUUGCUGAGAAUGGUUUUCUUCCAAUUGACCUUCUUGGAAUUAGAGUAGAUUGGGAUGACAGAUACUCUAAUGACCUUGAAGAUAGUUAUGGCCAGCAGUGGACCUAUGAGCAAAGAAAGAUUGUGGAAUUCACAUGUCACACAGCCUUCUUUGCUAGUAUUGUAGUUGUACAGUGGGCAGAUUUGAUCAUCUGCAAAACAAGAAGAAACUCUGUGUUCCAGCAGGGAAUGAAAAAUAAAAUUCUUAUAUUUGGCUUGUUUGAAGAAACAGCAUUGGCUGCCUUCCUUUCAUACUGCCCUGGAAUGGAUGUUGCUUUAAGAAUGUACCCCUUGAAGCCCACAUGGUGGUUCUGUGCAUUCCCAUAUUCUCUGCUUAUCUUCAUAUAUGAUGAAAUCCGAAAGCUCAUUAUUAGACGCCCAGGAGUGCAAUUUGAACUCUCAAUGGCUUUUUUAAUGGAUUAUGGAUUUUUAAAGUAA